AUGCCGGACGACAAGGACGUAGUCGUCAUUGUCGGCCACGGCCUGGCAGGCCUCGUGGCAGCCUACGAGUUGUCAAAGCGCAACGUCCCAACCGUUAUUGUUGAUCAGGAAAAUGCCAACAACAUUGGUGGUCAAGCCUUCUGGUCGCUCGGCGGCCUCUUCGUCGUCAACUCUGCCGAGCAGCGCCGGGUCGGCAUUAAAGACUCGCGAGAGCUAGCAAUGCAAGACUGGCUCAAUUCGGCACAGUUUGACCGCCAGGACCAAGACCACUGGCCUCGACAAUGGGCAAGAGCGUUUGUGGAUUUUGCUACUGAUGAAAUGGAAGACUACGUCAAGGAUCUCGGCCUGACAUUCAUGUUCAACGUUGGCUGGGCGGAGAGGGGCGGCGGGAAGGCAGAUGGCCAUGGAAAUUCCGUGCCGAGGUUCCAUCUUACGUGGGGUACCGGCCCCGAGGUUGUUCGAAUCUUCAAGGAGCCCGUAUUGAGAGCUGUCAAGGACGGAAUUGUGCAAUUUAAGCACCGCCACGCAGUUGACGAAAUCAUUGUCGACCAACAGACGGGCAGAGCCGUUGGAGUCAAGGGUCGCAUCUUGGAAGAGGACGACGCUGCGCGGGGCAUCAAGUCAUCACGCAAAGAGAUCGACACCUUUGAGCUUCGAGGUGCCGCCGUUCUGGUGUCAUCUGGCGGUAUUGGUGGCAAUGUCGAAGCCGUAAAAGCUUCGUGGCCCAUGGACCGACUCGGCCCCAAGGUACCUGAGCACUUUGUGGUCGGCGUGCCGGCUCAUGUCGACGGGCGAAUGGUUGGCAUCUCGGAAAAGGCUGGAGCCCAUGUUAUCAAUCGCGAUCGUAUGUGGCACUACACUGAGGGCCUGCACAACUGGAACCCCAUCUGGCCGAGGCACGGCAUUCGUAUCCUUCCAGCCCCCUCCUCUCUGUGGCUGGAUGCUGCCGGAAACAGGCUGCCGCCUUACUUGUUCCCCGGGUCCGACACGCUCGGCACGCUGAAGCACAUCUGCCACACGGGCUACGAUUACACAUGGUUUGUCCUCAACCAGGCCAUCAUCGCCAAGGAGUUUGGUCUCUCGGGGUCGGAACAGAAUCCAGACAUCACCGGCAAGAGCGUCUGGCAGCUUAUCGGCCGAGUGUUUAGUGGCAAAGGGCCGAUGCCUGUGCAGAAUUUCAUGAAGCAUGGCGAGGACUUUGUAGUCAGGGAUACUCUUGAAGACUUGGUCGACGGCAUGAACAAGCUUGGCUCGGAACGAAACGGGCCGCGCUUGGAGUUGGACAAGAUCAAAAAGGUCGUCGAGAGCAGAGACUCGCAAUUCGACAACGCAUACUCCAAGGAUGCGCAAGCCAUGCUGAUCAACAACGGUCGAAUGUACUGGCCCGACAAGUUGUCCCGAGUGGCGAAACCACACAAGAUCCUGGACCCGUCAAAGGGGCCGCUCAUUGCCGUACGCCUGAACCUGCUUACUCGCAAGACUCUGGGAGGGAUCGAGACCAAUUUGCAGAGCAACGUGAUGCGGGCGGACGGAACCGCCCUCCCCGGUCUGUAUGCUGCCGGUGAGGUGGCGGGCUUCGGCGGCGGCGGCGUGCACGGGUACAACUCUCUCGAGGGCACGUUCUUGGGGGGAUGCAUCUUUUCUGGGCGCGCCGCGGGGCGGGCGAUGGCGGAUGAGAUUGCUGGAACCCAGGCCCGGCCAUGA